AAUAUUUCAUGCCAAGUGGGCAGCUUUAUCAGCUCGCUGUAAACUGAUAAUCCUGCCGGGAGAUUAGCCGGGUCAAUGUCACGUGACGAGGGUACCACCGUGCCGAUUAGGACGAAGGAUUACCGCAGGAGUCAUUACCUCCGCGAGGGUAGCAAAGCGGAUUUAAACUCAGCCUUGGAUACACGUGAAAGCAGCCUUCCCAGACACACUGACAGACGGAGAGACCCCAGGGCUGCAGUGGGAGGAUUGAGGUGGAUGUCAGAGAUGGAGACGUUAGUGCAGAACGCGGACCCCACACAGAAGGAGAAGAUAGUUGAGUCAGUCCGACCUGUCAUACAUGACUUCAAUCACCAAGACAGUCUAUUUGCUAACUCAUUUUCGGCUAAAUCCCACUUCAUUGUACACCCCGAAUGGAACUCGGAGGGAGUGAACCCUCCAGCUUCGAAGCCCCUAGAUCGAGCUCCAUGGGCGUGGGAACAACCCCGCUACAGGCAGAAUGUACAAUACCCCACGACGUAUGAGACCCCGGUGUAUAACGAGGGGUCUAACGCGCAGUACCAGCCCCGGGUCGCUGACGGCUACGGGGUGCAGGACAUGGGGGUGGAGACGCUACAGUCAUAUCCUCAGUUGACUGAACUGGAAAACGCCAAGCCCGAGUGCUUCAGGACAAACGGGGAAGAGACGUCCACCUUGCCGUACCAGCAUCAGACCACGAUGGAGGAAAGGGCGCGACUACAAUGGCAUCUGCAUUAUUGAGACUAAACUACUCCAGUAUUACAAUAUUAUUGUCGGGCCAUCACAGAUUAUUAACUGUUCUUCGGAAUUUCACCGAUAACAAUAAAAAAAAUCGUUAGAAAAAAGUAGCUAUAUUUUCUAAAGAUUAAUGUGGUGUGUUUAUUUUCUAUUUUCUGAUCAUGAAGAGGUACUUUAUAAUGUUCCUUAAAUACCACAUUGCCUAAAUAUUAAAGGUAAAACGAGUAGGCAAUCAUGAAAUGUAUACUUCACUCUUUGAAAACACAACCUCGAUUAUCCAGUGUGUUAUAUCUCCUACCAUUUUGAUACAUAUAGAAGGCAGCGACACUGGAUAAUUGAAGCCGUUGGAAGCCAUAAUUGUCAUUUCCCCAAACAGGUAAUAUGAUUUUGGAGAAAAUGCGGAGCAAAAACAAUCCAUUUAUCGGGGCCUGGUAAAUACAAUGUGUACAUCUAUUUUCCUGUCCGGUAGGUAUAGGGGUUCUUAUAGCACGGGCUUCUUGUAGACGUAAUUUUCACCUCGUUGUGUGGAUCACUGUUUUACUGUGUUGUGACGUAACACUUAGAUACAGCAAGGGCUCAAACUUGUGAUACACAUAUCUGUUGUCAUUUAUGGCCGAUCAAAACACUAUCUUCCGGAAUACGAACUUUCAUCGUGUGUACACUGAAGGGCUUAUCGAUUUUCAAUUAUCGACUUCGAAUGUCUGCAAAUAAGAUUUGCCUUGUUGUACAUAUAAGCAAUCCAUAUUAUUUAUUACCUUGCAGUAUUGGAUAAAUAUCAUUCAAUAAAAUACUCUCAACAGUU